AUGUCUGAGCGCUCUACUGUUCACGUCGAGGGCAUCGCCCCCGCCACUACUGAUAAGGAAGUCCAAGACUUCUUUAGCUUCUGUGGAAAGAUCACUUCCAUUUCCGUUACACCUGUGUCUGGUGAAGAGGGUGCUCAGAAGUCGGCCACUGUGACCUUCGAGAAGGAAGCUGCCGCAAAGACCGCCCUGCUCCUUGACCACACCCAAUUGGGAACCUCGGUCGUUCACGUCAAGGCCGCUCACUCUCUCGAUGAUAUUGCCGGUGACCACGCUGCCAGCGCCUCCGAGGCCAAGGAUGAGCACGACCAUGACCUCGAGCAGGAGGACAAGCCUCGCUCCCGUAUCGCUGCUGAGUACCUGGCCCAGGGAUACGUGCUGAGCGACACCGCCAUCCAGAAGGCCAUUGCCCUGGACCAGAAGCACGGCUUCACCUCCCGCUUCACCAACGCCCUGGCCAACUUCGACAAGAAGUACAACGCGACCGACAAGGCCAAGGGUCUGGAUGAGAACUACAAGAUCACCGAGAAGGCGAGCUCUGGCUGGCGCGGUCUCCACAGCUACUUCGAGAAGGCCCUCGAGACCCCCUCCGGCCGCAAGCUCCGGGAUUUCUAUGCCCAGACCGACAAACAGGUCCGCGACAUCCACAACGAGGCUCGCAGACUGGCGGACUUGAAGAGCGGCAAGAGCGAGGGUGACGAGCACAACGUCAGUGCCGCCCCUACCGCUGGCGCAGGCGCCGAGGGUGUGGGUGCCGCCCCUGCUACUGCUGCGGCUCAGUCCUCCGGCACUGCCCCUUCUGCCGACCAGAAGGCAUGAAAAUGAAAAGGUCUUACGAGGUCCAACCCUUUUUUCUGUUGCUCGCUCUGUACGCCUAAUGACGACCUGUUCAUUCACAUGCUUGAAUUUGCACGUUCUCGAUGUUCAUAAUAUUAUCUCGGCGCGCGUCUUAGCUAGUUAGUUGUCUGGAACAAGC